AUGCAAAAAUUGAAGAUUUUAGAAGUGCUGUGGUUAGCAGACGAAGCCGGCCUAUUAGACGAGCCAUCGGAGAGGAAGUAUUGGGUUCACCCAUUAAUUGAAAAUCGCGAAAAUUCUAAAAAAUUUCUAGUGUUUUUUAAUGAUUUGAGGAAAUAUCCAGAAAAGUUCUUUGACUAUUAUCGAAUGUCCAUUAAUUCAUUUGAUGAACUUUUGCAAAAAGUGCGUGAAUCAAUAUCUAAAAAUUAUACUCAACUUCGUAAUCCAAUCACUCCAGAAGAACAGUUAACAGUGACAAUAAGGUAA